CGUCAUCACGUCACAGUGCGCUCCUGGAUUUAAAAGUGGCAUCGCCAGUUUUUCUGUGGAUUCAGACAUGAACUGGGACAAUGAGCUGAGCUCCAUCCUGUCAGUAGCAGAUGGCAGCGUUGCAAAAAUGAGGAAAAGGCUGACCCCACCAGGAAAAUUCCCCAAAGGAGGAGAAGAUUUGUUUGCUGCAAGAGAAAAGCUUUACAAUACAAAUCUGGACCCUCCUGCUCUUCCACCCCGAGCCCCUCUUCUCCGACAGCCUUCCCCAUCGCCAAGUCCUGGCGUGCAGUGGGCAGACUUAGCCUCUAUCCAGUCACAACUUCAGAUCCAGAACCAGGCGAUUGAGUCUCUCACUCAAAGACUCCAUGACUUGGAAAGGGAAAAACAGUCUCACCAGUGUCACAUUCAAAUGCUACAAGGUGAGGUUCACAGACUGCAUGGGGAGCUGAGGGACCAGGAAAGAGAGAGGGAGGAAUCGAGGAGGGGACAAAGUCCAGGGGCGCAGAGGAGGAUGGAGGAGUGGAGGAGAGAGGUUGGACGUGAGCUGAGCAGUCUGCGGGGACACAUCAGCAGAGCCACGUCUCUGGGCAACCUGGAGGAGAGUCUCAGCUCGAAGCUACACAAAGAGGAGCUGGAGCACCUGCGGAGAGAGUUGGACCAACUGAAAACACGACUGAGGAGGCAGGAGGAGAACGGGCUGCUCCAGCAGGCAGAGGCCAGGGAGACAAGGAGACAGUAUGAACGCAGCUGCAAAACACUGGAGGAGCUGACAGACAGCUACAGAACUCACCGCGCUGAUCUGACUCAGACGCUCUCUCAGUUCUCUCACACGCAGCACGAGGUCUGCCAAAUCAGUGCGACUGUGUCAGAGCUGAAGGAUGAGGUGAGGAGAUUCGCUCUUCACGAUGGUGAACCUACGUCUCUGCUGUCAGCGCACGUGCCUGGGGCUUCGCCAUCUCCACUCCCUCGUGGCCAGAGCAGAUUAGUCAGAGUUGAAGAGGGCGAGUCCGACUCAGAAGACUUCAGCCCGACUCCGAGCCUGGCCGAGGUCAGCUCAGAUGACCUGUCAUGGCUGGACGACAAAGACCCUGGUCUGCCGGCUCGUCGGCACAGCCCACAGACACGACUGAGCGUUCAGUCCAGACGGAGCGACUUUGCCAGGCCCGACCUGGACCACGACGACGACGACCACGACGACGAUGACGAUGAAGGUGAUGAUGGCGACGACCUUCUUGAUGACGACCUGAACCCUGACUUGGCAUCUGACCUCAGCCUUGAUGACCUCUGACCUUCCUUAUAAUGACUUUCUUGAUGGAAGUGAAGACCUGGAAAGCGUCUAAGAGCAACAAGGGGAUUCCUGCUCCUCCAGUGCACGGUUAACGUGUAUUAAUCGUUUGAAAUUACAGUGAUUUUAUCAGCACAAUUCAAACAUGCAGCACUAAUAAUAGAAAUAGGACUGCACAAACAUCCAUAUGGCUCAUUCUGUUAGUGGUCCCAGGAGGAGGAGGAAGGAAAACAAAGAAUGGAAAACAGACUCGGCAUGGUAACGGAAGCACAUCUACAAGUAAUCAAAUCAUCCUACUUAGUGUUAUUACUGUUGCUUAACCCACCUGCUUUGUCUCUCCAGUUGUGGGAGAAACUCUUAAAAUCCACUUUUAGAUAUUGUACUCAAUCCUAACACGUUUAAGUGAGGGCAAAUCACAACGAUCCACAUUUUUUCCUUUUUUUUUUUUUUUUUUUUUUUUUAUUAAAUUAGUUACUGGUCUGGCCUAUUCGCUUACAAAUGAGCAAAUCCUGAGUCAUUGAUGCCUUUUGUUCACAAGCUGUUUCAUCAAAGCAUCGUUAUGCCCUCAGUCUUGUUACUGAUAUAGACUCCAGUUUGAAUAAUAAGCUCUAACUGUCUCCACAUGUACCAACUGAUAGGAACAAACUGAGCAGUCAGGCAGCUGUUUAAAGAUUCCUUUGUGAGAGCUUCUCAUUCAGAAAGGAACUUGUUUCAUGAUGGUUGGAAUUUGUGCCAGCAAAUAAGGCUUUUCUUUGUCCAUUGCUUUAUUUCGCAGCGUAAACCACACAAAGAAUAUAAUGUUUUAAUUGUUGCCGCACCCUGGGCUCGUACGCUGUGCACUGCUGACAAUAAAUUACGGGCCCUGAAAGAGUUCAGGACAGGAGUCCUGUGAUUGGCCGGUGAAACCGCAAGGUUUGGCUUCAGGCGAGACGAAAUUAAAAAUAGUUAUGUUUAGGUUUGUUAUGAUUACAGAUUGUUGGGGUGACUGAAAUGUUAGAUGUGGUUUAGGCUUUGGGAGGACUUUCAUCUUGAGCUGUAGCUUCAGCGGGAUCCAUAAAGAGACACUACUGAUCACUUUGGUUUUCAGAGAAGAGUGCUGGCUUCCAAACAAAAAGCCUGCUGUUAUACUCAAAUGUCUUAGGUAGUUAUUUUCAAUUAAUCCUUUAUUUCUGCAAAUAAAAGUCCCGUGAUUCUGUGCCGCUUCACGUUAAACCUUCAGGGCUUCAGAUCAGGCCAUCACGGCUGGCUUUGGGUCGGGAGCGGCUCUACAUUCUUCAGUAUCAUGGAUAAUGGAUAUUUAAUGGGCUCUUCCUCAUCCAGUAAUGUGCACUCCUCAGUCCAACAGCAAUCUGAUGAGCAAUGGAGUUUUUCUCCCUACUAAUGCAGUUGAAGUGAAGUAGAGGAACAAUGGAAAAAAAACAUUAACCUCGCAUAGGCGCCAGGACACCUCCACCUCCUCCACUGUGAUCCCCACGUACUCUCCGCCCGGUGAGGACGGUGACGAGGUCCCUUUACGCUGCGGUGUGUGACAGAAGACACGCUGGGCUGAGCCGCGUGUCACGCUGUUAAACAUUUCAGCUCCCAGACAGAAUUCCCCCUCAAUCAAAGCUGCCAGACCGCCGUGCGGAGCGUCGUCACCUGACGGACGGGUUGGAUGCCCAGCAGGGUGCACACACGUGAAGACUUGGGUGGUAAACGUCCCGCCGCACUAUAUGUAACAUCUGACAGUUGUAUUAGUGGUUCAUCAGGAGAAGACAAAGACCCUGAAGACAACUAAAAACAAAUCCUGUGUCCACAAACCUCUCUAACAGUGUCCUUGCAUAAAUGGUAAUAUAGUGGUUGCAGAAACAUUCAAUGAAGAAAAAGGCUCAUCUCUCUGUUACUGUGGCCACAUAAUGACUGAUGAAUCAGACCCUUCUACUGCCAUUUUAUGGUGUUUGCCAAGUAUUGUUCAUUGGUGAAGCAGUAAACAGAGUUGACUCAGUCGCUGAAGAUCUGUAAAAGAAAUGUUUUGUGUUUUGUCUCAACA